AUGGUGACCGCCUGGCUUGAAGCCCCACCAGAAAUCUCGAAUAAUUUUUUCCAUCUGGUGAAGAAAUUUUGCAGGAACCCGCCGCCGAUCUCGCCAUUAACGACCUCAGCAUCCGAUCCCAUAAGCUGCUACCGCGACGGGGAGAAGGGGAAUGAUAAGGGAUCGGAAAUUGCCGCAAAGGUUAUUAAUAAGAAGCGGAGCUACGCGCAGUACCAUUUGGAAUUGGGGCAAUCCGAUUUCGUCCUGCACAGUUGCGCCGUUUGCGGGAUGAUGUACGCGCGCGGGGAUCAAGAGGACGAGAAGACUCACAAAGCAUUUCAUAAGAACUACUGUGAGGGAAUCCCGUUCAAGGGUUGGCGCAAUGAGAGGGCGGUCGUGACUAGCAGUAAUGGAGACCGCAUAUUAUUGGUGAUAGAUGAGGAUUCUUCUGCUCAAAAGAACAAGGUCCAACAAGUUCUAAGAACAGUGGAAAAGGAGCUUGGGUUUAGCGAAGGCCAGCUUCUACAUAAGCUAUGCAAGGUUUAUCUGUUCAUUUCAGGUCAUAGGGUUGUUGGCUGCCUCGUCGCUGAACCAAUAAAAACUGCCCAUAAAGUUAUUUCAAGCUCUUCUUCAUGCAAAAGUUCAAAUGACUUAUCGGAAAAGCCAAGUACAGCCAAUUCAACAGAUACUAACACGGAUUCGAGGAGGCGAAACCUAACAAUUCAAUUUGGUCAGUUUAGUUUCAAGAGAGAAAUCAUCAGAAAAGGUAAUCCUUUGGAUAAGACUGUCAAGAUUGAUCAGUGGGAUUGUGGAGCUAUUUUUUGUGAAGAGGAAGCUGUGCCGGCUCUGUGCGGCUUCAGGGCAAUUUGGGUUGCACCAUCCAGUAGGAGGAAUGGAAUUGCCUCUCAACUAAUGGAUGCAGCAAGGAAGAGCUUCUGCAAAGGUGAAACAUUAGAAGUUUCCCAAUGUGCUUUCUCAUCACCGACCUCUGCUGGAAAGGCAUUAGCAUGCAGUUAUAGCGAGACCAGCUCAUUCUUGGUUUAUAAAGCUGAAGAUCUCUUCUCAAAUCAUAAGCAGUAAACAUAACACUGCAGAGGACAACUGCACACUGUUCGAAAGAGAAAAAUGAAAGACCCGCGCACGAUGCGCGGCUUCUGAAGCGUAGAAAUAGUAGAAAGGGUUAUGAACUCCUCCCCCUUCAGAAGACGACGGUGGCGGUUGCUGCG